AUGGCGCUAGGGUUGAUUUUGGGGUUAGGGAGGGCGUUUAGAAGGAAGCGUACAUCGUCUCUAGACAUCCUGACCUCAAAGAGGAGCCCUCGAGGCUAUUAUAAGGGCAAAAACUGCAAGCCCACUGGCUUUCAUACACGAAAAGGUGGUUAUGUAGUGGUGCCUGAAAAGCUGCCAAACUAUGUGGUACCAGAUCUAACUGGCUUCAAGCUAAAACCAUACGUGUCACAAUGCGCCACAACAGAAGCAGCUAGCUCGAACAAAUGA